CGUUCACAGUAUAAAAUUCAUAUGCAAUUAUUCUAAGCAGGUAGCACAGAGGUUGUUAAAUGAGCUAUACAGUUUAACACGUACUUUCACAAGUACGCCGCUUCCCAUCGCACUAUGAAUAAAACCCAGCCUGCAUCAACCACAAAAUUAUACGAUGACGAAAAGGAGAUAGAGGCCGUUAUCGACAAUAGUUCCGACACGGAGGAUGGUGUUGACUCCCUACCAAAUGCUUCCAAAUCACUGAAACGCACCCCCGCGUCUUAUGUAUUUGACUGCUUACACUUCUCUAUCGCCUUCGGCCUACUCGAGGCGUGUGUUAUUGCGGUUCUCACACUUGCUCCGACCACGGGAUCGAUAGGAUCAAUGUCGUCGGGCACUUUGUACUUUACAUUUGCGUUCACGAAUCUAGUUAGUCCAGCUAUAAUUUAUGCCAUUUCACCGAAAUGGGCAUUUGUAGCGGGCAUGUUCGGGUAUGAGUUGUAUAUUAUUGCCUAUGCGUUGGUUCCCAAUGUGACCGACGCCCUAGUUAUUCCAGCGUCUGCUAUCUCCGGAGUAGGUGCCGCUUGCAUCUGGGCUGCAUAUGGGGCGUACAUAACUGCGAUAGCUGCUGAGCAUGCACAGCUUAAGGGAAAGGAACAGGGCAGCUCCAUGGGGCUUUUUAAUGGUACAUUCGGGUUUAUAUUCCAAUCAAGUCUGUUCCUGGGACAAUUGGUGUCGUCUGUUACAAUGUCACAAACAGACGAGGAGCAGUCUGAAACAGACAGCGCAAUCGACCCUCUGCUGUUCAUUAUCUUCGUAGUUGUUGCUGGAAUCGGAUCUGUGCUUAGUAUAUUCCUCCGAGGCAAUCUACACCUAGUGUCCAGUCGCUUCAGCAAAGUAGUGGUGGUGCCGGAAGUUGUACCCGGAUCAAUAGUAGCACCAUCUGAUGUUGCGGAGCGAUCGUCCUCUUCUGGGCUUUAUGUUCGAGCCAGACAGUCAAAUGGAGACAGACAGUCAAAAGACGACGUCACCAUAGCCCCCCCGAAUGGCAGAGACGAUGACGAGUCUUCGUUUUCCGCUGAGGAAUUCAGCGCUAAAUCACUGUUAUUCAAGGUUGUAACACAUUUUCUUACUGACGCGCGAUUGCAGUGGUUGACAUUAAGCAACAUCGCCUUUGGGCUGACGAGUGCGUUCCAGAACGGACUGUUUGUUUCAGCGGUUGUUGCCCCUUAUUUGGGGAAUGAUAAUAUUGGGUACACAUUCUGCUGCAACUACGCUGUCGCUGCAUUGUGGUCAUUUCCCCUCGGAUGGUUAUCGGACAAGUACGGUCGUACGCCCGGAAUGGUGUUUGCUUAUCUGGCAACGCUUAUUGUGGGUAUCGUAUGCCUUGCUCACACCUUUGUAAAUGAUGAUUUUGUGGCAAUUUUUGCCUUGUCUGCGUUGCUGGGCAUCAGCCAAGGCACUUGGAAUACCCUGAAUGCCGCUGUUUUUAGCGAGUACUUUGAAGAUACGCCGGAGAGCGCUUUCGGUAAUCUGAAGUUUUGGAGCGGCAUUUCAACCGCGAUCGCGUUCUAUGUAUAUCCGUACAUGACUCUCAUGGAGGUUAGUUGGCUUAUCAUUGCCAUACAAACCGCCGGCGUGGUAGGCUACCUCGUUGCGGCCCGUAUUGAACAUAAAAGGAGUCCGGAGCAGACCUGAUGUGGUUUUCUUUUCUGCAUUUUAAUUAGAUAAAUAUAUAGCGCAUAAAUAACUACUUGGUGUAUAUCACACCACAACUAUCAUCCAGUGCAACGUAUAGCAGUUUGAACGUCUGUUUUGCAGUGUAGUCUAUAGCAUCUUCAAAUUUUCUUGUUGUGCAGUGUGUAGUCGACAGAAAAUUCAAGUAUUAAAUUUCACUUAAUCUGAACGGUGCCACG